UUUUCAAAGCCAACAUGUCGUUCAAAAUAAAAUUAGUGUUUUCAAGUGUAUUAGUCAUAGCUUUUCUCACUGCUUCAAGUGAUGGAGCACGUAUUCUUGGAUUUUUUCCAACCAAUUCCAAAAGCCAUCUGAUCAUCCAUAGUUCCAUUGCGAAUGCUAUAGCUGAACAAGGUCAUGACGUUACAGUGGUCUCAACACACAAUUUGAUUAACAAAAAUCCUCCUUACCGAUACAUACAACUUGAUAUUGAUGGAUUUUCUUCAAAUAAGCACUCACAAACUGUUGUCAAUCGAACUCCAUUUUAUAAGAAAAUUCAAACUAUGCUGGAAACAUUCAAUAAGUAUUCCAAUGAUAGUUUGAAUCAUCCAAAGGUAAAAAAGUUAAUGGCUGAAGAAUCCUUUGAUUUGGUCAUUUUGGGAUAUAUUUCAAAUGAUUUUCUUUUGGGACUUGGGGCACAUUUUAAAUGUCCUGUUGUGGUGUCAUUUAUGAUGCAUCCUGUUCCAGCUACAAAUGGACUCGUUGGCAAUCCUAAUGAAGCGGCUUAUGUUCCGAGUUCAAUAGGAGGAGGCAAACAACCGCUGGGAUUUUUCGAUAGAGUUAAGAAUUUUUUGUAUGUGAAUGUUUUUGAGAUAUUAUUGGUGAAUAAUAUACAACAAUCAUAUCAGGCAGAUUUGUACAACAAGAACUUCCCAGCUGAUAAGUAUCCAUCAUUCGAAGAAAUGAAGAAGAAUGUUUCUCUUGUUCUGACGAACAGCCAUUUUAGUCAAGGAACGAUUCGUCCAAAUGUUCCCGCUUUAAUCGAGAUUGGUGGAAUCCAGAUCAAGGACAAGCCAGAUCCAUUGCCUGAGGAUCUAAAAUCAAUUAUGGACAAUGCAACCGAACACGGAGUUGUUUAUUUCAGUCUUGGAUCAAAUGUUCAAGGAAGCACUCUGGAUCCUGUCAAAUUGCAAGCUUUGUUCAAUGUUCUUUCGCAACUUAAACAAACAGUUCUUUGGAAAUGGAGUGAUUCUGUUCUUCCGGGACAAUCUCCAAAUAUUGUUUACAAGAGUUGGCUACCCCAGGAUGAUAUCCUUCCCCAUCCAAAUGUUAAACUUUUCAUCACUCACGGUGGUGGUGGUAGUGUUGUGGAGUCAUCGUUCCAUGGGGUUCCUAUGGUGGGUAUUCCAAUAUUUGGUGAUCAAAGUUCGAAUAUGGAAGGAGUAGUCAAACAAGGAUUUGGAUUGUCAAUUGAUUACUCGGACCUGACUGAGGAAGGACUUAGAAGUGCUGUUAAUGAAGUCAUGUCAAAUAAAAUGUACCGAGAAAAUAUUCAAAGAUUCUCCAAGCUUUACAAAGAUCGACCUAUGACAGCCAAGCAGACAGCUGUAUUUUGGUUGGAAUAUGUCCUUAGACAUCAUGGAGCUCCUCAUAUGCAGAGUCCUGCAGUGAAUAUGAAUUUCUUCCAACUAAAUUCACUUGACGUUAUUGGAUUUUUGGUGGCUUGUGUUUAUGUAGUUUAUAAGGUUUUCAAGCUCAUCUUUUUGUUUGUGAAAUCAAAAAUUUGGAAAGUUAAGACAAAGAGUAAAGAGGAAUAA